UAAAGGUAAAUCCAAACCCUACAUAUGUGUUUUUUAAGGUUUUAUGAUCUUUAUUAUUCUGGAUUUGGAUUCAUCAGAUCUGAUUUUAAGGUUUUGAAGCGAUUCUUUCAACCAGUGCAAAAAGAUGGUUCCUUCAAGAAACCCAACCUCUCUUCUUCUUCUUCACCAACACCAGCAGUCGAUGGUGAAACAAAGACACCAGUAGUUGUUGAAGAUGAGGAGAAUAAAUCCCAAAAGAAAGAACCCACAAAAUUGUUAACUUGGGAUGCCAACAACUUUCUUCUUCAUGUUAAAAACAAUUGGCCUGAGUUCACCAAGUUCAUCGAUGACAUUGACCCUGAUGUCAUCACCAUACAGGAAGUGAAAAUGCCUGCAGCUGGAGCCAAAGGUGCUCCGAAAAACCCUAGAGAAUUGAAGGACGAUAAUAAUUCGUCACGCAAGGAAAAACUGGUACAAAAUUGGGAUGUCUAAACCCUAGGAGCCAAAGGAGGUUUGUUAAGGU